AUGAACCACCGCAGGAAGGGAAAAAGAAAAUGCAAAGUCAACUACAUAGACAUAGAACUGGAGGCCUUCAUCUUUGGUUGCUUCUUCUACACGUGGAAUAAAAUAUUCACCGAAAAUGUGAAGCAAAAGAAAAAGGAAAACAAAAGGAGCAAUAGCGGAGUAAGUAAACUCAUCUGUAGAGUGAGUACCGGAAGAGGAAGAGGCAGGGGAAAAAGCGUCCAAAGUCUCAGUGUCGGGAAGACGAGAAGCACGGUUAAAAGAAAGUCGAAACAGUUGGUUGGAAUAAAUAAAGCGUGUGCUGUUAAAAGUGCAAACGUUUUGGAGGUGCCAACUUUGGAGAAGGACAACAGCAAAAGAAUUUGCGAAUAUAAUGAAGGCACCUUGUCACACCCAUCAGCUAGGCACAUUGGUAGAGACUUAAAUGAAGAUAUUCAGACGAAAUACAAAAUAAAUAUUAACGACCUGAACGAAAAAUUGCUCCAUUUUGUUAAGGUAAAUUUCUGCUUGAAUGAGAAAAACUUUCAUAUAUUUCACGACUUGUAUUCUUUUUAUGAUCACAUAAGGGAGGAGAAAAAGGACGAGGAGGUUAAUAUUCAUCGCGUUUUUUUUAAAACGAAUGAGGGGGGUAUAUCCCAAAAGGGGGAAGGGAAGAGCAGUGCAGAUGGGAAUAACAUGAGAGGAAGAAGCGCAGUGGACAGGACAAGGCAUAGGAGAGGGAUCCAAAGGUUGUUCUCUCCAGACGGUUCCAAGUUGUGUGUAGGAGAUUGGUGGAACCCUACUUGCACAUUGCCAAAGAAAUGCCCAUUCUGCGAACUGACGGUUGGAAAAGACAAGGGAGUUAAGGCGAUGAAAAGACAGAAAUUCAUACAUGCAUGCACAAGAAGGGUAUACGGAGAGAAGAAUCUCCAGCUCGUAAACAAAUGUAUAAUAAAUAUAAAAACGUUUGAUGAUAGUUUUGUCCAUUCAAUCACCAUCGAAAGAUUAUUCAACUACGUAAACAAAAAAAACAACAAAAAUUUAUUCUUCUUCUGGUUCGAAUUUUUGAAUAUCCUUUUAAAGGUUACAAUUAACAAGCAGUUCAUGAUACAAAUUUUUUUUUUCUUUUGCAUAAAGAAUUUAUUGAUAACAACCUACUUUAACGCAGAACAGAUGAUGGGGAGUGAUGAAUUCAGCGCGGGGAAAACCUUCUCGACCAAAGGACAGGAUAAAAAUUCCUUCCUCAUGGAGAUGUUAAAGAAGUACAAGUAUGAAUCAUUCAGUAAUAUCGUCUUAAAUAACAAUUAUAAACUUUUGCAAAAUUUAUUCGAUUAUUUUUUUAUGAUAUGUUCAAAAAGGAGUUUGAAAUUUUACGACAAUUUUUUUUUGAAUGUGCAGAUGAUUAAUUUUAUUUAUCUUGUGCAGGUAAAUUUUUUUCAUUAUUACUACAUCGGUUUGUGUGCAAAAUUUUACCAAUGGGAGAGUUCCAAUCGGGGGGGUACAAGCAAACUAGUCAUAUCUACAUCUAAUCGGGGGAGUUGCCAUACCAUUCGGAUUCCAAAGCAGACACAACAUGGUGAGGAUGCGAAGGGGAAAAAUAUCCCCUUCAGUCAUCUCAAGAAGAAAGAUGGAGAGACACCGAAUCCAACUCCUAAUCUGUGCAAAGUGAAGAUGGGACACAAAAACAUAUCCACCCUAGGGGCAAAGGUUAGGAGGGUUAUUGGAGAGGAUCGUCUCCAGAAAAGUGGGGUGUGCAUUGAGGGAGAGCAGAUUGGACGAAUGAGUGAAUUCACUUGCAUUGAAGAGAUUUCCUCGCUGCAAGAGAGAAGUAAUACGGGGAGCAUUUUCAUUGGAAAGCACUACAACGUUGGUGUCAAGUGGCCCUGUAAGGUGAACCUGAGUUAUUAUAACUAUGUCCAGGGGGGAUGGCGCAGACAGGGUAGUAUCAGUCGAUAUGUGGCUCGUCAGAUGGCGGAAGAUACCCCUCUAGAUAGUAAUAAAAUUUCCACGUUGGUGCAAAAUGAGAAAGUUCACUUCUCCCCCUCCGUGAAGCGUCUCGCGCGAAAUUUGAAAAUCUUCUUCAACCGAUCGUAUACAUUCCUGAACAAGUAUAUCCAUUCAGACCAACUAACCAAACAGAGCAAUAUUUUCUCCUUCCUCUUCGACGCCCUGCCAUCAGGCAACCUGCGUAGCAACGUGAACAAUAUACUAGAACCGUACAUCCUUUCUAUAUUCUCCAGGUAUGAGUUCAUAGAAGUACACGAUUUUGUGGAGAACCUAAAAGGAUUAUAUAAUUUAAAGAAGAAGAAAAAAACAGAAAAAAAAAAAAACGUGCGAAUUAACGAACAACCUAAUGUGAAAUUCUUGAAUGAUCUACAGGGAUUUAAUUAUAUCUAUCAUAAUUUAAAGAAUGACUACCUCAUGUUGGCCGAAAGUUUAUACUUUGACAUGCGUGGCGAGAGGGAAAAAGAAAAAACGCACGAAAAAAGGAGCGAAAUAAUAUGCCAACAGGAGAAACAAAAUAAGUACGGAAAAAUGAAAAUUUCCAAUUUAAUUCAAAAUGAAAAGACAGACAUAUUUAAAAAUGUAUCUAUAUAUAAAUUUUCAUCGAAGAAACUAACCAUCCAACACAACCUCUUUAAUAUAUAUCUGGAGUGUAGAUUGCUCAACAAGGCAUUCAAGUUGUUGAUGGUAGAUUACAAUUUCUCUUUCUCUUUCACCUCCGAAGUUAUUUUUCUGUAUAAAAUGUACCUUAUUGAAUUGAAAAGGAAAAAUAUUUUAUUCGCAUUUGAACUAUUGAGCAUGAGUUUUCACAAGUGUUUUAUUCUUUUGAAAAAAUAUCUUUGCAAUCCUAUGUCGUUCAAAUUACUAUCUUUAGUUUCCCUCGAUUUUAGUAAUCUCAUUUUUAAUUAUCCUUUUUUAAGAGCUUAUCUCUCUUUCUGUCCGAAUGACAAAAUUAAAUUUUUAAGGAGUAAUAUAAUUCUGCAUGAAAAUGUUACAGACAAUUGUUAUUACAAUGAUUAUUUUAGCCAGAGGAAUGAUGUGGAUUCAUUAAAUUUGCUCUGUGAUGAUGGGUGGAAUACAAGGGAGGAUUAUGUAGCUGUGGGGGGGGAGGCACUCAGACGCAGCCAUAGAGAAGCACUGCCGGAGGAAAUUUCUAGUUGUGUGAGGGAAGACGCAAUUUCCGCACACCGCGCAUGGAGUUCACGUGCCAUUUACAGUCCUCAAAGGAUGCAGAAUUCGCAGAAUCUGUAUGUUGAUUCUGUUGGGAGGUUCGCAGGUCGUUCCGUCAACAGGCGAGAUGUGUCUCCAUGUGCCAGAGACCCAGAGAGGAAUCAAGGGGAGAAAGAUUCCGAAUUUUUUCCGUACACUCAACGCGAUCAAUAUGAUAAAUAUUUAGAAGCAGGUACGCGGGACAGGCGCGGUGUGCGGAGUGAAUCUGUAACACUCUCGGCCAGAAGACCCUUCCUGUAUGACGAAGAACCCUUCUGUAGAAAUGCGCCUAUAGAUCUCUGCAGUAGCGUGGCGAGAGGAGCCACCUCCAGUAGGGCUGGAGAAUUCCACAGGAGUGUCUCUCACAGAAGUGUGUCCCGCAUCAGUCCAUCUAGAAGAAGCAAUCCCAUGGGGGAUCAUCUCACCUUAAGUGAUUCCAGCGAUGAUACAUCUGACAUGGGGGAAAAUGGAAAACAACACAAAUUUUUCAGUCACGAGGAUCAUUUGUACAUGCGGAAAAUUGUUCAUAGUUUCAAUUUUAUUUUUAAUAUAUUGGAUAAAACGGUGACAAAUUGUGAGGUGUCCUUGCUGAGUUGUAAGGAAGGUACAGGGCGGUCCUUCCAUCCGUCAAGUGGGGAUGGGCCCACUGGGGAUCGGCCAACAAGGGAACUGCGCAUUGGGGGGCCCACCGUAGAGCCAUCGCAACGCAACACCCCGUACAUCCUCGCGCACAGCACCUACCAAGACAACUUUGGUAACAUGACAAUCUUCAUAAAGGAAGUGAUAAAUAAACUGGACUCAUACUUUAGCGAAAAUUUUAUCCGAAGAAAUAUGAAAAAACAUAUUAAACAAUUAGGAAGCAAGAAGUACCAUAACUUUUUAUACGACUCCAAGAUGAUGAGAACACUGAGAGAAGCACACGAUGAUACCUUCUUCUCCUCUUUGGGUUUUUUAUUUUUGGCAUACAUAUGUUCAAACUAUUUCUCAGACCAUGUGUCUAAGAGUUAUAAGGAUUCCUUCAAGUCAUUUAACUUCAAUAAUAUAUGGCCAAGCAACCUGCAGAUAAAGGUGAAGAUUUUACUCUCCUUAAUACAUCUCCUUCUGCACGAAAUUAAAGUAAUAAAUUUAAAUGGCUUCUUUUUACAAAUUCUGAAAAUAAUUUUAAAUAAAUUUUACAAGCAUUUGGAUUACAACGACCUGCAGAUGUUUCAGUACAUAUAUAUGAGCCUGUCCAAUGAAAGUUUAUUUUCUUGUUUCUCCAUCUGUGAUGAGAUUAGAGAUGUUAUCCGGGGUACCUUUGGCUCAGUGAAAGAAUUUGCUUAUGUUUUCCAAUUGUCUAGGUGGAAGGACGCCUUUUCGCAUUGCAACCUUCGCUCUGCGGAGGACAACCUCGGGGACGAACUUUUCGUCAAGCAACUUUUGAACUUUCUCUUGGGGAAGGACGCGGAUAGAUCAAACAUGGCAGAGAUACUCAACGGGAACCUCCUCAACGGGAACCCUCCAAACGGUAACCCCCCAAACGGGAACCCCCCAAACGGGAACCCACUCAACGGGAACCCCCUCAACGAGACAGCCCUGUGGGAGUAUACGCCCCCCAGUGAGUGUCUGCACAAUGAAACAAUUAGGGAUGAAUCUUCUGUGGAUGCAUGGGUUGACCACUUUAUGACUCACAGAGAGGACAAGCAACUUACAGAUCACCCAAAGUACCAAUUUGAUGAUUUCAAGAGCGAGGCAUCCUUUGAGAAAAACGAUUUUGUUUUUUUUAAAGAAAGUGAAAAGGAGGGAAGAGAGAACAAAACGAAACCAAGGGGGAGAAGUUCCUUUCUGGAAAAUAUACUCCUCCACCUAGGUAAAAAAAAUACGAAUGGAAGGAAGAGCCCAAUGAAGAGAGUUUCCACUUGGAAUGAAGCAGUACAACGACACAAUAGUCGUAGCAAUAGUGAAUUUGAUAGGAAAAAGAGAGGAUACAUUCCUCUGAUGGAGAAAAAACAGGGGAGAGAAAAAAGUGCAGAAGAGAAAUACACACGAAUUUUGCACCAUUUCAAAGUUAGCAAAGAGGAUCAUAUAGAAAAUAACAUGAAUAGGCAGAACGAAUGGUUCAUACGAUUGAAGACAUGGAGAGAUCGUUACCAUUAUUAUGAAAAUGUGAAGCCUGAUCAUUACGAGGCAUAUAAUUUGGAGAAAGAUUACUAUCUACCUGAGGAACUGUUUGAAACGAACUGUUUCAUUUUAGCGGAGGAAAAACACCAAAUGAGAGUUAGAUUUAAAUUGAACAAAAAUAAUUACCUUUCUGAAUGCCUAAAUUUAUUAAGGAUGAUAGACUUAUACAUGGAAUGUAGAACCACUACAUGCAACAAGCCGCUAUACUUUGUGAAAAGUUUAAUAAUCACAUGCUUAAGUGUUAGCUACUCCAGGCAAUUAUCUGUGGUCUAUAUACAUGCCCUCAUACGGCUAUGUCUAUUCGAACUGCGCAUUAAUAAUUUUCAUACGGCUCUAUGCAUUCUCCUCGAAAUUCUAAGACAAUUUGAACAGAUAGAAAGUUAUCGAAAUAUGUUGGGAACCCUUUUUUACCUUUGUGGGUACUCCCUACUACACCAGUUUAACUUACAGUCCGAGCGCAUGCAAGGUGAAGGAAGGAAAAGGGAAUUGAUAAAGGAAUAUCAUCAUUAUGCAAAUGUAAAGAGGGAAUAUAACGACUCUUCCCAAGGGUGUAAAGUUGGGAUGCCCGCAUUUCUGAACGGUUGUAACACACCUGAUAUAUCUCCAAUGGUAAGAAGGGGAUCUCACCUUUUCAACCAUGAGGGCGAUGAUCAACGGGUUGUUGAUUCCAACAAGAGCAACUGGAGGAAAGACCCGAUUGGCUUGUUUGCCAUGCCGGAAGUAUCUAAUUUGGACGGUGCACUAUCCGAGCGUAGCCACCGAAGCAGUAAUUAUACGCCCAGCCCGCUAGCCAAGGAGAAAUUCCUGUCGGAUGAAUUCGCUAGCAGUGUGGAGAAGAGAAGAAGUAGCUUGGGAAAGGGCUCUGUUGGUAUGACGAAGGUAGGCUCUGCAAAGUGUGCCAAGAAGCUAAUCCCCCUGGUGAAGAACCAAAUAAAAAUUACAGACUAUUUUUCCAAUUUGAAGAAUGAAAAGAUGCAAGAGGAACCUUCGGAUGUCGACUCGGUUAAUUCUAACAGCGAUAUUCACCUGAACAGUUCAGGUAAAAAGUGCGUAAAGAAAAGAAAAAAAAAUGAUGGAUUGACGGAUGAUGUAGUUGAGCAGAAGGAGAAGUUUCCGACGGAUACAAAUUUCGAAGAGAUGAAAGAAGAACCUUACGACUCACUUGAGGAGAUAAAUAGAAAGCAAUUUUUUUUACUUGUAAUUUGCUUCUACAUGAAGCGAGCUCUCUAUCACUGGGAGAAGGAUGGAGAUGUGGUGGGAAUUUCCAACGGAAUUCAACAAAGGAAAAGGAUAAAAGAUGCUCUCUUCUUCCUCAUGUCUUCUUAUAAAUUUUUUUACAAAUCAUCCCUUUUUCUGUCAAAGCAUGAACAAAUUGGAACUUUUAAAUUUCCCCUUUUUGAUUUCCACCUCUUCAGGCACUAUAAGACAUUUUACGCCUUCUACAGGGGGGCCUUUCUCCGGUGCUGUAACGAAAAUGUGGCGUGCUCCUCGCGGGCUUGA